GUGAGUGGUCGACGUCACGCUGUUUGUUUGAAUGGAAUUUCCAUCCAACCUAUUUUUAUAUCUGCUUUACGUUUAAAAUCCCGUUUAAAACUGAGUCAUUUCAGAUAUGUCUUGGCGGUACUAUUAAUAGUAUUAUUGGCCUAAGCCUAUUUCUACCUACAUCAUAGGACGAGCAUAUUCGUGAUUUAAUAUUGGUAUAGCCUAUAGGCCUAGUCCCAGGAGGCAUUCGGAGAGCAUAGAGGAAGCCUAAUUGUUGAGGCAGGGAGUUGUUGAGGCUGGUCUCCCUGGCCUGAUUGAGAUAAUAAAGGCUCAUUUGGGUGAAAUCAAAGGUUGAUGUUAAUCAGAGUAUUUCAAAAUGAAGAAUAAAAUCAAUAAAACAGGAAACUGGACGAUAUUCCUAAUCGGUUUUAUUUUAACAUUUGUCAAAGGAAAUGUGACCGUUGAGCAACAACAAAUUAUGGCAGACGAAGGAUCUUCUGUCACCCUCAAGUGCAUUGUUACAUCUAAUGAUAAACAAACUUUAAGUUGGAUUUUUAAUGACAAUAUAAUAAAUACUAAUCGUAAAGUUUUGGAAGAAGACCAAAUCGUAACUAAAUACACACUUUCAAACACAACAGUCCUAAUCUUAGGGAGGAAAACCACAACAUACAACCUAAAAAUAAGAAACGUGUUGUCAACUGAUGACGGUGUGUACACUUGCCGGGUUAUUUUUGUCGAAAAUGCUACCAAAAGUGUAAUAAUAUUGGCAGUAAAGUAUUUGAAUGAAAAUCCUUUUGUCAAUUGCCAACUGUUGUUUACAUCCAAUACCUCAACUCAAUAUGGAAGCAAUCAUCAGAUGGAAAAGACAAGAGGACAAACUCAACAACUUAAUAUAUCUUGCAGGGCUCACAUUGGAAAAAACAUUUUCCUCAACAUCACAAUCAUGAAAUCUGUUCACCACAACAAUGAUCUAAUUCCAGUCUAUUUUGUUACUGAAGAGCAGUUUGAUGCUGUAGAUGGAGUAAAUGUCAAUUAUCUAGUGAACGUCACUGAUGAUUUAGAUGGUUGGCAAUUCUGGUGCGUUGUACAUCAAUCCAAGAUGCUACAACCGGUCAACUGCUCCACACCUCUAUUGAUGAAACCCCGUGUAAAGAUCGUCAAACUAAUAGACAGUGAGCAGUUCAGAUGUGAAGUAGAAUCAUAUCCCGAUGCCUCUUUCUUUCAAUGGAUUAUCUGUGAGAAAGAAAUUGAAAAUGUAACGGUUGAAGAAUGUAGGGUAUUGAACAGCACAAGUAGAAACGUGACGUUGAUGAAUAUCGGUGGCAAGGCUGAUGAGUUAGUAUUGAAAUGCGAGACUCAAAAUGCUGUUGGGACAGGACGGGGCAACCUGAAUAUCACCACACAUACCAAACCUACAGACAUGCUAAUCAAUGGAAAUACUGAACCUACAGACAUGCCAACCACUAGACACACCGCAACUACAAGAAACAAAAUGAGAGUAGACUCUCAUUUGGAAAUAUGGAGCAUUGCUGGUGGUCUCAUCUUAUUAUUUUGUUUAGCUUUAACUAUUUUUUCUCUUUAUUUUGGUAUAAAACAAUUAAGAAGAAGAAGAAAUCUGAUGAUCUCUGUUAAUCCAAGUAUGAUAUCUUUGGGUUGAAGACCUGUGGCCGAAACACAGCCUCUCUACUUUACACAUGAGAACCCCAACUAGAAUAGCCGAAUAGUACCACUAUGACAUCAAUAAACAUGCAUUCUGCUUCAACCUUCUCGUGUGCAUGACUUCUGUUAACCUUUGGGGGUCAUGGUAGAAGCGUCCUUGUCGCAGCCCCGGUUAACGCCAAUUCUACUGCCACCAAACAGUAGUGGACACGAUCAGAUCUCAAUAAGCAGGCCCUUACAGUAGCUUGGGGGGGGGGGGGGGAAUGGAAUAUAAUCACUACUGCUGGUCUCAGUACCCUUUUUUUUCUUAAUUUAUGGAAGUAACUUCAGCAUUGCGGUGCAGAUCAUGCCCUAAAUGCAUCAAAAUUAAAUGGGAAAUGGGGUGAUAUAAUAUAGUAAUGUAAUUUCUUUUCUUUAUAUCUAAUGAACUUUAUAUUGAAUGAAUGUUUUUACUGAUGAUUUUGUUAAUUGUUAAAAUUGAUUGAUUGAUUAUAGGUUAUUAUAUACUGUACCGGUUUUCAAUGCUGAAAUCGGAAUUGAAUUUUUCACGAUAUAUAUAUCAUAUAUCAUUUACAAUGAACUUAUAUAAAUGGCUUGCGCUAGAUAGAUUAAUUAAUAAAUAGCGCCGUCAAUAGCUCAUUGAAACAAAUUUUCCUCUGGAUGUGGAUUCUUCCACCAUGAGACCCCUGUACACCAAUCUUAUACUUUCAAAUUUAUUUGGAGUUGAUUUACGACUACAGAACAACAUUUAUAACACAGUGCAUCCUAGAUAAAAAGCAGUCAUCAAUGUUAAAUGAACAUGUCUGUCAGACUGGAAGAUGAGCUUUGAAAGUUAUAUGGGAAAAAAAAGGGAAAAAAAAUUAGUCAUGUAAAGUAAUUAUGUAAUGUGCAUUAUAAAAAGGUGUUAUAUAUAUGUCAAUGUUAAUAUGCCAAUAUCACUCGCCGAAGCUGAACAAGACCUGCUUAUGUGCAUGAAAAUACCUUGCUUACAGUAGAACCUGUAGAUGCACGUAUAGAACUGAUAGAACUACCAUAAUACUUAUUGAACAUUAUCAGGUUAUUGUAAACUUGUAUGUCAACAUGAAAGGAAGUAUAUUUACUGAACCAUCUAUUAUUGUACAUAGAGCAUUUAAUAGACUUAAUCAGUUCAGAUGGAUCAAUUGCCCUUGUUAACCAUACUUUAACAAAUAAGGAAACACAAUUACUGGUAUAAUUAUUAACUAGUUGAUUUAAAACUUGCUUCUUAAUCUGAAAUAUUGUAUAAGUUCUUAUUAUUGAAGAAAAUGCUCAUUUUGAUGUGUGUUGUUAGGUUAUUUAUUAGAUUGUACGGUAACCUGC